ACACACCCCAUUCCACCCCACACCCGCAUUUAAUUACUUCUCUCCAAACACACCACCACGGCACCACCCCCCCUCCCUCUCUCACUCCUAUCCUAAUUUCAUUUUCUCUCCCAGCUAGCUAGCUCCGCCGCCGGAAUCCGCCAGACAUGACGGAGAAGGAGUGCAACAUCCACCAGGAGGAGCAGCAGAAGAAGAUCCAGCGGCUCUGCGGGUGCCUCUGCUCCCUCCUCAUCCUCUUCCUCCUCGUCUUCCUCAUCACCUGGGCUGUUCUCCAGCCCCACAAACCCCACUUCGUCCUCCAAGACGCCACCAUCUACUCCUUCAACGUCUCCGCCCCCAACAUCUUUUCCACCACCCUCCAGGUGACGAUCUCGUCCCACAACGGGAACCGGCGGAUCGGAAUAUACUACGACCAGUUCAACGUCUACGCCACCUACCAUGACCAGCAGAUCACGUAUAACACCGCCAUCCAGCCGGUAUACCAGGGCCACAAGGACACGAACCUCUGGUCGCCGUUUCUCUACGGGAACAACGUCCCGAUAGCGCCGUUUAUCGGCCCGGACCUCCGCCAGGACCAGGACACCGGCGCCGUCUGGAUCACCGUCAAGAUCUACGGCCGCGUGAAGUGGAGGGUGGGGACCUUUGUGUCCGGGCGGUACCACCUCCACGUCACGUGUCCGGCGUACAUACCCUUCGGCAACUCCGCCAAAAACGGGGGAGUUGUGGUGGGAGACGCCGUGAAGUACCAGCUCUCUCGCAGCUGCGCCGUCAGCGUCUGAUUGUAACGGAGUUAAGCGUCGGUCGGUCGACAAGUAUAUGUUUUUCUUUUCUUUUUUAUUUACUCCGUAUUAUUAUUGCUAUAGCGCUGUUUCGUUUUGUCAUAUUCUGGGAAUAUAUAUAUAUAUAUAUAUAUAUAUAUAUAUAUAUAUAUAUAUAUAUAUAUAUAUAUUUGGCGAUGAAAAUGGAAGGGGGCGGUGGGUGGGCGAUACCAAAUUUUCAAUGAUGACCUGUAAUUCCAAAUAAUUGAACUUUGAUACUUGAAAAGUUUGAUACUCCUUACUCUACCUGUUUACGGCAGUACCAACUAAGGAGGGUUUGUUUCAGCUUCUUAAUGGUUCAGAUAUCUGAAUAGUUCAACAUUUAUUGGUUUAGACUGUUUGUUUCAGCCUCUUAAUGGUUCAGAUGUCUGAAUGGUUAAGAGAUUUGCCCCUGAAUGGUUAAGUAUUAUACAGAGUCUGAAUGGUUAAGACCUCUUAUCUGAAUUAAUCAGACAUUUGCCUCUGAAUAGUUAAGCAAUAUACUAGCUCUUAAUGG